CACUAGUUCGUUAGGUGUGGACGCACCUUAACAGAACACACAAAAUGUCACGAAUUUGUCAAGUUUCAAGUCAUAUUUUGUUUAGUAUAAUAAUUACAUUCAUUUAGUUAAGCAACUUGUUUAUAUCGAUAAUUGUAAAAAAGUGUAGAAAAAUGACACCUACAUUACUUUGGGAUGAAGAAACGUUAUUUUAUGUCGAUUUCUUUAGAUGACGAAGGUUACCAAAUAUCAUAUCUUACAAAAUCUGAGGACAAUAAUAAGGAUCGUUUAGCAAGGUUAAAAUAAUUAUUUUACCACAUUAGGACAUUAACAUAUCAAUGUGUUCGACAUAAUAACCUCACUUCUUAAAUUUCCUAAAUUAGUCGGUGGAGAAGCGGCUCGAGGUUGAUUGUCUGAAUAUAAGUCGUGCAGGAUUGGAAUGAAACGAUCAACAUAUGCAGAUCUUUAGGCAGGUUUAAAUAAUGUUCUACACAUACAUUAUUGAGGAUCUAUCUCCUGAAUAUACACGUUUUAAUGGCUGGCAGCACCUGCGAGGUGCCCAAAGAGUGGCUGAUCUUUAACGAUGAUGGGUCCAUCAAGGAAGUUUGGUGGCCACCUAGGUUUAAAGACAUCGAUGGUAAAGAGAAAAGCGUCCAUAGAUCGGAAAACAUGGACGCGAGAAACAGUAGUUUUUAAGGCAUUCUAUGACUCUUACAUCUCUGCAAGGAGGCAUGCAGGAGAUGAAGAAUACACUUCCAAUGAAGAGUUGGGCCGGGGUAAAAGGAAGAAGAAGGAAGUUGUGUGGACAUCAGAGGCCUCAUAUACGUCGUAUGAUGAAGAUAUUGCUCUAUAUGAAUCAGAUUGUGUGGAUACUGGUUUCAACUUACAGUACCUAGAAUCCAAUUUAGGAACAAAAGUUAGAGGUAAUGUCAAAAACAAACAAUUGAUGUGUCAUUACACAAAAAUAUAG